AAGUAGUUCUACUUAGGUCAUUUUUGCUUAAGGAACAAUGUAUUGGCUAAGGUUUUUCUUCCUAGGGCUUCUGCUGGAAAAUGCCCAAAGUUACAUUCUACCCGAUACAGUGGUUCCUUCCAAAUAUGUGGUGGACAUAUUUGUGCCGCAAGGAGUUUUUACCGGCCAGAACGACACUUUUGAAGGUGAAGUUACGAUGACUUUCACUGUAACGGAAAGCACCAACGAAAUCAACCUGCACCACCGCUCUACAAUCAAGACUGUAACAGUUUCCAAUGAAGAUGGUGAUGCGAAUACUGUAACCAACACCUCCUAUAACAGUACUACCGAAAUAUUCACCAUCACAGUGCAAAACGCGCUGACCACCAACACCCUCUACAGCUUGAACAUUGAGUAUUACGCCACUCUAGAGCAGGACAAUAUGCGAGGCUUGUACAUCAGCACCUACAUUGACGAAAGCAACCAAACCUCCUAUCUGGUGCUGACUAAAUUCGAGCCUGUCCAUUCCAGACAUGCGUUUCCCUGCCUGGAUCAGCCGAAGUUCAAAGCAACUUUCGUUCUGAGCCUCACGUACCCCUUAGGACUAAACGCGUUGGCCAACACCAACGUCAGCAGCAAUCUUACAGUUGAUGGCACCUACCUGAAGACGACUUACCAGGAAACAACCAUAAUGUCCACCUAUUUGGUGGCGUUUGCCAUUUCCGAGUUCACCUGCACUGAAGGGUACAGUAUCGAAUCGGGGGUGCCACACAGUGUAUGUUCCAGGCCGGAGGAGGAACCAUAUCGAGCGUGGGCUGUUGAGAUUGGAACCACUCUCCUCCGCUCCUUGGAGAGCAUGUUUGGUAAUCGAUAUGGCGUUUCGAUGCCCAAAAUGGACCAAAUAGCCAUCCCAGACUUCACAUCGGGAGCAAUGGAGAAUUGGGGAUUGGUCAGCUACAGAGAAGCUUACCUUUUAUGGAGCGAAUCCGAAUCAUCCAACAACUACAAGAAAACCAUUGCCCUGGUUAUAGCCCACGAGUUUGCCCACAUGUGGUUUGGCAACUUGGUCACCUGCCAAUGGUGGGACUACAUUUUCUUGAACGAAGGCUUUGCCAGAUACUACCAGUACCUGGCUGGACCUGCCACGAAAACCCUGUCGGACUGGGAGCUGGAAAAGCACUUCAAUGUGGAGGUGGUUCAGGUGGCGCUAUUGGCCGACUCAACUGAUUCAGCUUGGGCGCUGACUGCUGAGUCCUACAGCGCUUCGCAAAUUUCGAGCAAGUUCAGCACGAUCAGCUACAGCAAAGGAGCAGCAAUAUUGAGAAUGAUUGAGAAGAACAUCAUGGGGGCUGAUAAUUUCAUCUAUGGGUUGCGGCAGUAUCUUACUGAUUAUGCAUACCAAGCAACAAUUCCAGCCAAUCUCUGGUCUUCUUUGGCUGACCACGUGCCUUCCAACGUCCUUCCUUCUGAUGUGAGCCUAGAAGACGCUUUGUAUAACUGGGUGGAGGAGAAUGGACAUCCUGCAGUGUUGGUAACAAAAAGUGGAAACGACGUAAUCUUAUCUCAGGAACGAUUCCUGCUAAGCACUGCAGAUAACGCUACUAGGGAAUACUACGUCCCCAUAACGUACACUUCGUCCAAUGACACGACGACUUUUAAAAACACCACAGCAAAAACGUGGCUCAUUCCCGACCAAUCGCUGACUUUGCGCGACGUGUUAAAUGGCAGCGAUUGGAUCAUAUUGAACAAUCGGCAAUCUGGCUUUUACCGAGUGGACUACGACAGCACUUUGUGGGAAGCCAUCAAGACUCAGCUACACGAAAACCAUCUGGUGAUUGAUGUACUUAAUCGCGCUCAACUAGUCAGCGAUGCCUACAAUUUUGCUCGCUCUGGAGCAAACACCAACUACCGAAACUGGACCUAUGCGGAAGCCUUGGAUGUUAUCAGCUAUCUACAGUACGAGGACAAUUAUUUUCCUUGGUAUGCCGCUAUAGUGGGGAACAACCAUCUUUUGCAACGGAUUGGAUAUGAGAGUACUGUUGGGCAGCAGUUCAUUAGUUGGAUGCUCACCUUGAUGCAGAAAGUCUACAGCACGGUGCCAUUUGAGACCAUCGACAACUCGGAUCAGGUCUACUCGAUGAAGCAGGCGCUGAUCUUGAGCAGGGUGUGCAAAUAUGGCGAAGAAACUUGCGUGAGCAAGGCAAAAGAGCUGUUCGCUCAAUGGAGGGAUGAGGGAGUGGCAGUGCCGAAGAACUUGAGGGUGACGGUCUACUGCAACGCGCUCAGAUACAGCGAUAACGCCACCACCGAUUUCAACUUCCUCUGGCAGAAAUACACUGAAACCAACCUUAUGACCGAAGUCAUUACCAUGUAUGCCGGCCUGGGUUGUUCUCAAGACGCUGAGUCUCUUAAAUGGUUCCUGGGUCAGAGUAUAAACUCUACUUCAGGCAUAAGACUGCAGGAUUUCACCACAGUUUGGUCAUACGUCUACAGCAGCAGCGCAACUGGAACCAUCGCAGCUCUAGAGUACAUUGCUGAGAACUAUGCCACUUUGUCUGCAGCAUACAGCGGAGUUUCCAACCUGAUUUCUGGGGCGGCCAACUACAUCUACGACGAAGAUCAGUUGGAGAAGUUGCAAGCAAUCUCGAACACUACAGGACUGAGUGCGAGCCACUUGACUGCAGUUCAGGCCGCCGUAACUACAGCCCAGACUAACAUUCAAUGGGCAGAAACCGUGAGGGAAGUGGUGAAAGCUCAGAUAGAGGUUCAGAGUGCAGCCACGAUGUCCACCUGUUCUUUGGCUUUAGCCAUUGGAGUUUGUCUUCUGAGCAAAGUGUUAUUUUAAUGUUAGUUCCCAUACAAGAAGCGUUUCUAAAUAAUAAAUCCGUUGUUGUUU